ACACACACACACACACACUUUUUGGACUCAUAUUAUUUGUUUCCCGCUAACUCUUUUAUAUGGAUCUUCAUCUUUUUAAUAACCCCUUUUAAACCCUAGUCCCAUCUCUCUCUCUCUCUCUCUCUCUCUCUCUCUCUCCCAUCUCUCUCUGAGGCUGAUCCUCUGUAUUUGGGAUUGUGGUGUAAUGCAAGAUUAAGCUUUUUGGGGUUUUGUUGAUUUGGGAAGUGAGAUUUGAGGGAAGUGGGGUUUCUUAAUCAUGAUGGUGAAGAAGGAAAAUGAAGGAGUGAUCGUGAAGAAGGAGAUUGAUUUUGUUUCGUCUUCUUCAAUUUCUGAUAGUAGUUGUGAUACUGGUUAUAAGAGGAACAAGGUCGCAAAACGUUCAUCACAAGCAGGAUGGACUGAGGAAGAGGACAACCGAUUAGCUGAUGUGGUGAAGAAGUUCAAUGGGAGAAACUGGAAAAAAAUAGCUGAAUCCCUUCCAGGAAGAACAGAUGUUCAAUGCCUGCAUCGCUGGCAGAAGGUUCUUAAUCCUGAACUUUUUAAAGGACCCUGGAAAAAGGAGGAAGAUGAUCGUAUUAUUCAGCUGGUUCAGAAGUAUGGUAGUAGGAAGUGGUCUGCUAUUGCAAAGUACUUACCAGGGCGCAUUGGCAAGCAAUGCCGGGAAAGGUGGCAUAACCAUUUAGAUCCAGCUAUCAAGAAGGAAGCUUGGUCAGAAAGGGAGGAAGCAAUCCUCUCCUAUUACCAUCAAAUUUAUGGGAACAAGUGGGCGGAAAUCGCCAAGUUCCUACCUGGAAGAACCGACAAUGCAAUAAAAAAUCACUGGAACUGCUCGUCGAAGAAGAAGUUGGAUAAUUUGGAUUUGAAUUUGCCUCUCCAGUCUCCGCUGAGCGAUGAUCUCUCUAGUGAAGCAAACCUUGAAUCUGUGAAAAUUCCUGCAGUGCAACUGGGUGUUGGCAAGGCAAUGUCCACAUAUCAAAUUGCUGGUCCUGUAAGGAAAGUGUCUGACAUGUGUUCAACGGAUUUGACUCUUGGAAAUGCAUAUACUUGUGAAAGUUGGCUGGGAUCGAAAUCUUCUAGAAGUCAGAAAUAUCCCGAGCAAGAGGCAGUUAAUCAGCCAUUAAGCAGGGUCCAGUUUCGUGGAAACAGUAGCAUCAAUAAUGGUAAGAUGGAUCUGCCAUGGAAAAGAAACUUCCAUACAUCUAAUGUACUUGCCUCUUUCUUAUCCUCUUCAUCCUCUAUUACAGAGGAGGCAUCUGGCGGUAAAACAAAUCUUGCUCCUCAAGGGGUUCUUCAUCCUCUAACUUCUGGGGGAAUGUUUGCAUCUUGUAAAAGGCCUAGAAAUGGUGAUGUAGCUAUCUUCAAUUCAGAACAUAAGUCUAUAUUAUCAGAUAAACCCUGGAUGAGUUGUUCACCUGGAUCCAUUGAUGUUGAAACACCUCCUCAGCUAGAUAAAAAACUCUGUAAUGCUCCUUACAAGCUUGUCCAUCAUUUCACUCCUUCAAAAAUGGUUGAGAAUUGUGAAAGGCCUAGAAGUGAUGGUUCAAAUAUCAUCAAUUUGAGACGCGAGUGUGUACAAGGUAAUUCCUUGCUAAACUUGACCCCUGGAUCUAGUCAGUAUUCCAAUUAUAUUGGUAAGGGUAACACAGUUCUUCAGACUCCAAAGCUAGAUGCAAAGCACUAUGGUUCCUUUUCUGAUGGACCACCAUACGUGAAGGAUAUUGUUGCUCCUGUCAGAACUGGUGAGUAUUCAAGUGUAGAUGAUAUCACAAAAGCUAACAGUCAAUCCUUCUGCUCAACUCCUAGCCUUGCACAGAGCAUUGUCUGCACUAGCAGUCCAGAAUCCAUUCUGAGGAAUUCAGCUAUGAAAUAUGAACACACACCUUCCAUUAUAAGAAAGAGUCGUCCCAAAGAAGGUGGCAGUUGCAGUCCUGUUCAUAAAAUAUCCAUGACCUGUGAAUCCAGAGCUGCGAAUCCGAUAGAUUUGAUGGAUGAUAAGACAACUUUACAUUCUCAGCUUCAUAGAUCUGCAUUGUCAGUUGCUGGAAAGCCACUAGAAAGGCGCUUGGAAUAUGCGUUUGAUAGAGAAUGGGAUCCAUUGGCUGUUAGAUGUAGCACACCAGUAUCAGCACCAUCAGAGGCUGUACUCGGUGCUAGACUUCAAGCCUGAUCUUGUCCCUUUAGUUUGAGCUUUCCAUGCAUUUAUCAUACGGAAGACGCAGACAAUAAACCAAGUGAUUAGAUCAUAGGACUACUGUCAAUGAAGAAAGUGUGACGUGCUUUAUCAAGCCUGGACGGAGUUGAAAUUCUUGAGUUAUUCCAGCUUUACGAGCAGGAGUGACGAGGGAAGUCCUUUUCACUUUGUUUAUAUGUUAAACUUCUUCCAGAGAGUCUCCAAUAGUCAUUUUAAAUUCUACAAUAGUCUUUUCAUACUUGAGAAUCAUUCAGGAGAAGUCCUGGCAUAGUUGUUAAACAUAAGGAUUUUACAGGAACCGGGAAAAAUGUUCCCAUGGCUGCGGUGGUAUAGGAAAGCAUAGUAUAGGUUCAAAUAAUAUGCAGUUUACCUAUACUCAUAACAGAAAUCAAGCUCGAGAAAACUAUUCUUAAGCACUCUUCUGUGCGUCUGCA